ACCAAAUCAAAUUCCAUAUCAACUUCACACCUGUACGAGAAACAAAAAUCACUGACCAUAUUCAAGAUUUUCAGGGAGGCAAGAAGAGACACUUGUCAUGGUUAUGAACAAACUGGGUGUCCAGCACAGCACUAUAAAAUGCUGAGAAAUCUCCAUUUAUAUCUCCCAUGCAGGCUUUGUAUUGGAAAUCUUAAAGAAAAUUGUGCAGCUGUAGAAAGAUGGAUCACAGAGAGUUAAAGAAAGUAUUGGAUGAGUUAAGCGGAGGAAUUGCAGACGAAAAAGAAGCCAUUACUAGUACCUUGGAGGAUGAAAAGAAUGAAGAAGAAAGUGACAAACCUCCUUUGCAUCCAAAUGAGGCCCUCGAGCUCUUCUUAGACCGCAUACCUCUCUCUUCCAUUCCAGGCAUUCACAACGCUACAGUUCUGGAGAUCAAAUCAAAUGAUUCUAUCGAGGUUGCAAUUACAUGCCUAUACAAACAAAAUGUGAUGGGUGCACCAGUAUUAGAUGAGUCAGCAUCCAAUCAAAAUCCUCUUACAGAUCGAUACAUUGGGUUGGUUGAGUUUGCUGGCAUGGUUCUUUGGGUUCUUGAGAAGUUCAAACUAGCAGAAUCUGAAAUAAAAAGCAGAGGACUGGCAAUGAGUAGCAACAAAUCAAAUUUCAACAUCAGAACUUCAGACAAUACAGAUCAAACUAAUCCAGCACAUUAUAUUGAAGAAAUUGAGGAGGAAGGUUUCUUUUCUAUGCUGAAACGCCUUCCUAAUGUUGGGCGUGCAAAAGUUGGAGAGAUUGCAAGAUCAUUUAGAUGGGGACCUUUCCUUCCUGUUCGCUUGGAUGAUUCAUUAUUACAUGUCCUAUUACUUUUAUCAAAGCAUAGUCUAAAGGCAGUUCCCGUGGUUGACCCACCUGAUAUGCAUGUUAAAGGAUUCAUCACUCAGAAUGCAGCAGUGCAGAUCCUUCUUCAGUGUAGUGGAUUGGAGUGGUUUGAUAUGAUAGCACAAAAAACACUUUUUGACUUUGGAUUCCAUAAGGAGCAAACUUCUGGACAAAUUGUCCACCUAUAUGGAAACUACCAUGUAACUGAUGCCAUUGACUCUCUGUGGAAACAUCGGAUUAGUGCAGUUCCAGUUAUUGAUUGCAAAUCAAAAACAAUUCUCGGGCAUAUAAGAAACACAGACAUGCGUCUUUUGCUUGAUAAUCAGAGGACUUUUAUCCAAAGGAGGACCAUGACUAUUGAAGAAUUUCUGAAGAUAGAUGAUCAGCACACUGAAUCAAGCCCUUCUUCCACUAAUCCAAUGCAAACAGAUUUUGCUGCACUUUUAUCAGCUGGAGUUCUAAGGUUGAAGAAUGUUUCACUUCCAAAAAUGAUGGAUCCCCCAACAAGUCAAGUAACUGACACUUUAAAAAUGGUCAUGGAAAGUGUUGUCCAGGCAAAGAGUGAUCGGAGUUUUCUGAUUAAUGAGAACCAAGAACUUAUAGGUGUUGUAACACUGAGGGACAUAAUCAUUCAGUUUUCUCCUCCAUCUUUGAACCCUUCAAGCCAAUUCGGGGGAUUUUUCCAGUCAGUUCUAGAACAGACAGGAUCCACUAUGGAAGGUGGAACCAUUGUGUCUACCAGUUAGCUACUAUUGUGAACUCCAGAUUUUUUAACCGCAGUUGCACUGUGGUCACCAGAUUGUUUAUGCUAUAUCUAAUAGAGAUCUCUGGAUGGACAAAUAGACCAUGCCAACUGAGUUGUUAUACAUGGCAGGAUGCGCUUUGAAUCAGAUUUAAUAUUCAUGGCUUUCAGCUUUCUUACAUUUCUUAUUUAGUGGAGAUUUUGAUGUCUAUUGACAAAA